AUGUAUGCCGUGACAACUAGGAGUGGGAAGGUAGUAGGGAGUGACCCUUUAGUUGAGGAAGAACCCCAAGAGGAGGUGGAGUUAGAGAAUGAGGGUGAGAGAACCAAUGAGCCAUUAAGUGUUGAGAAGGAAAAAGAUGUUGAGCUUUUGGGAGUCAUUAAGAAUUUGCAUGUUUCUGUUCCUUUUGUUGAUGCUAUGAAGAAAAUGCCCCACUAUUUGAAAUUCUUUAAAGACCUUUUGAGUGGGAGAAGGGAGUGCAAAAUGGUGAGCUUGACUGCCAAUUGUAGUGCAAUUCUUUCCAACAAAAUUCCUACCAAAUUGAAAGAUCCGGGUAACUUCUCCAUUCCUUGUUCUAUUAAUGGCAUUGAUUUUGAUAAAGACUUGUGUGAUUUAGGAGCAAGUGUGAGUCUCAUGCCCUAUUCCGUCUACCAAAAGCUUAGUGUAGGAACCCUCUCCCCCACUAACAUAACUCUCCAACUAGCGGACCGUGCCAUUAAGUUCCUCAUGGGCAAGGUUGAGGACAUUCCCCUUAGGGUAGGAAAGUUCACAUUCCCCGUGGAUUUCUAUGUCCUAGAGAUGGAUGAGGACGAGAGGAUUCCUAUAAUUUUGGGUAGACCAUUUCUAGCUACUUCUAGAGCUAUCAUGGAUGUGAAGGAGGGUAAGAUAUCCUUGAUAAUUUACAAUGAUUCCAUUGAAUUUGACUUGAAUAGUGUCAUGCAACAACCCUCCUCAAGUCGUGAAUGA